CUCGCUCCUCGCUCGUUCCAUCAUGUUCGCUCGUUCCUCCCGCGUAUAUCUUGUCUCGAGAAGUCCAGCUUCAUAGGUUACAGCCUGUCGCGGCCAUUGACCGGCCUGCCCACUUCCCUCCUCUCCCCUUUCGCAUUCCCCCCUCUCAAUUCGCAUCAUGGCGCCCCCGCGGCAGCGCACGACCGCCGUCCACGAUGACUCUCGCUCAGAGGCUUCCAGCACUGCGCGAGAACACAAGACAGCCUCCAAGGGUCGCAAGACGGCCAAUGCCCCUGCCGCCAGUGCCUCACGAGCUGAACCCAAAGCCGCUGCUAAUGUGACCAGCGCCCCCGCUGUCGAAGACAAUCUGCCCAAGAUCGACUGGAACGAAAUGCCCCUCAGCAUGCUCCACUCCUAUCGCCACUCCUACAAACUUUCCUGCCCCAGCGCCUACCCCAGCGAAUACUCCCAGCUUCUCCUAUCCAAGGGAAUCGGCCUCCGAUCACCAACCGCGAUCGCCGCCCAACGCGCCCACCAAGCCAAACAAGACUCCCAAACCAACGGCGUGAACGGAGUCGACAACGCCGGCGCAGCGCCGAAGAAUGGCCCCAAUGGCAUUGUCGCCAGCAGCAGAGAUCCCACCCACGGACAGAGAACAGUAGACGGGAAGAGCGCCCUGCACCGCAUCAUUGCGCAGGACCGCGUCAGCAAAAAGCAGCUUGCGACGGCGGCGCGGAAACACUUCAAUAAUGCUGCGCUGGCGGAGCAGGAGGCUAUCGCGCGGUUUUUGUACAAGGUUCGCGAGGAAGGGAGGGGGAGGCAGUUUCGGUUGAGGUUUCAGCCUUAGAAUGUCCUCCUCCUCUUUCUUUUCUUUUUCUUGGUUCUAUCUACCGAUAGGUUUCGUUGGCUUUGGUCAAUGGUGUUCUAUGGGUAGUUUCUCUCCGGUUUUGGGCUGGGGCUCCCUGCCGCAGGCGUUUUGAUAUCGUUCUGUGCCCUGGCAGGACCUACGUUGGUUUUUCGUCUGUUUCUUACCGUCUACACCUCAUCUUUCUGUUUCUUCUUUGUCCAAGUCAUGAUACCCAUUGUUUUACCUCACCCAUCUUGUUCUCACCUUGUCUCCUAUCUCAAUGUACUAUAAUUGCUACCUUAUCUAUGCCAUCUAUCCUUCUCGAGUCACCUGUCCCAUACCUGUUUCACACCGUCCGUGACACCUACCUCGUCAAUACACAAUAAUGUGUAGCCCUCUCACCGUCUCGGAAUGAUCGUUUCUCAACUGAAGCAUAGGAGCCCAGCGAGUUUCUCCCCUUUCCUUUCAUUCCUUCUUCGGAACUAUAUACAUCCGUGGAGAAUAUACCCCCAGCCGAGCUGGCUCCAGUUAUCUCUUACUGCUAUCUUCGGGACCGGAUCAGCCUGGUUUGUACACUAUCCUAUCC